UAUUGAAGCACCUGCCGGCCAAUGCCCAAUAAAACAACAACAACUACAAAUAGCUGGACAACGACAAAAAUACCAAGCCAAAGACAAUAAUGAUGAUAAUGAUGGCAACGAAGAAAAUAAAGAAAGCAAACUCGAAUCAUCUUUGGAGACUUAUUUUACUCCAAGUGGUUCGUGUCUUUGCUCAAACGACGACGGAUUUAAUAAUAAUUUUGCAUCAUCUUCUACGGAAGCAGCAGCAAGUUCAAUUGUAAAAUUGUCUUUUUCAACGACGGAAAAAGGUUUGCAAGGAUCUUAUGAAUGUGUUUGUACAGAAAAAGGAGAUAAAGGAUCUUGCCAUAAGUUUUGGUGUCAGAAUUCAAAGGUUUUAGGAAAUAAUAAGAAUUUGAUUGGAGUUGAAGAAAGAAAUGAAAAGACAGAUUAUGAAGGACUUCGUGUAGGUAAGAAUUUGCUUGUCAGUUGUUUAAACGAUGAACAGUCUGAAGGAUCCCCAAGAAAUGGGCAUAUUUCUAGUUCUAAGGCCCUCAUUCAUACAGAACAGAAGGGUCUAAAUGAACUAUUUGAACAAUCUAAGCCAGGAAUAUUCCAGAAAUCCGAUAAUUCUUCAAAGUCUUUGUAUAAAAGUUCAGAAGGUCGCUUAUCAAACAACAGCAACACUGAAGAUCUUUGUGAAGACUUCGAAAGAUCUAGAAAGGAAGAGGCUGGAAUUUCGAAAGAUUCAGCUAACAAAACCCCAAGGGAUCAUCAACAAACUAUGAAUGAAGAUAUUAUCCCACUUCUGAAGAGUAUUUAUGAUGUUUUGCAAACAAUGAGGGAUGACAAACUUCACUUGGGACCUACUGAAAUUCAUCUAGAUGAACCAUUUAAUGCACUACCAUCACCUCCACCAGUCCCUCCAUCUUCACCGAAAUAUCGUAAACAACUUCUAAGGGCUUCAAGACAGGAUUUGCAUUUAUUUAAAGAAGAACCAAUAAACAUUGAAGAUAAUUUGACAGUUUUGGAACCUCCUGAACGAGAUGUGGAAGACUAUCAACAGUCUUCAUUUACUUCGCAGAGACUUAUUCCUGUUGACAUGGAUUUGCUUAGAACAGAUGAAAAACUAAUUUGGGAACCAGAUUCGAAUUCGAAUGAAGAACUAAAAGUUGAAGAAGAAGUGAAGAAUCAGUCAGCUCAAUUUCGGCAGUUUCCAGAAGAAACUUAUUUUCAAUUGGUUGAAGAAUUGAAAGUUCGUCAAAGUGGAAGCAGUCUUACACGAUCAUCAACUUUGGAGGCAGAUUUGUGUGAUAAACCUCCUCAACUACCACAGGAAAAUUCCGAAAUAUUUGCCAGGAAACCUUCCGAUACACAGAGUUCUUCGGAAGACACAGUUUUGAUUCCUAUUUUGAAGAAAUCAUCUCAUCAAAGGUUUGAAUCCGAUCAAAAAGAUGACAAAGAAUGGCAGCAGUUAAAAACCCAAGCCUCUCAAGCAGUUCAAGUCAAUCUAAUGACCUCUCAUUCAGCGCAAUUUCUAACAUUUGACAAUCAACUCGAAGAACAGGAAUUGUCAGAAGAAAAACAUCUAAAGACAUCUAAAGAAGCUCUUUUUCCAACUUCGGUUGAUAUUGGUACUGACUGUCCUGACUUUGACAAUAUUCAUAGAACUUCAUCAAACCAAGAACCUAGCAAACCACAAGACCAAGAAAUGACCAAUUUUAUCGAAUCAAUUCUCCUCGACUUGAAAGCUAUGGAAAGUGCUCGAAAUACUAGUUUUUCACGAUUACCCUGUCCAUCACCAGUUGUAUGGCAGAAACCAUCUAAAGACUUGAGUUACCCAGCAACAAUUGAAACAGUUCAAGAACUUGGAGCAAAUUCACUUUUUGUUAAGUGGAGGGUUCAAAAUCUUGGUAAUAUUGGUGGAUAUGAACUUUUUCUUGAUGGUAAUCUGACCAAUCGCUAUUUUAAUUGCAUUCAUAGAGCAGCAGUUAUUUGUGAUGUCAAUUUGAAAUGUCCUCACAGGAUAACACUUCGUGCUCAACCUCUUCUUCCACCAAGGACAACUAUUUCUUUGACAAAAAACAAUUCAUCAUGCUUAUCAUCUUUUAAUAAUAAAACAAGUACAACUCAUCCCGAAGCCAGUUGUCCACAAUUAGAUGGUUCUGUUUGGUAUCCAAGUGUCUAUCAUUUUGAACCAAAUUCAUUAUCAGCACCACAAAAUGCGGUUCUUUAUUGAUCACUGCUGCUGUGCUGAUUAAGAAAAUUAAUAAAUAAAAAAAAUAUACUAGUCAAGAUUUAUUUUUUAAAAGCAAAAACAUAAGAAAAUUAUUAAAUUUAAAAUUGAUUUUGUAAAAAAAA